AUUCUCACCGAAUAUCAAUUUUUAUUCAUUCCAGAGUCUCUCGAACUAUGGAAAAACAACUAAAAGCUAUGUCCGUCUCGGACAAACCUGCUGCCCCAGCUGCCCAAAAGCUUGGUACCGCUCCGCUCGCUGCAAAAAAGACGAGAAAUGAGGAGUGGGGAACCAAGGUCAAUAUCGAUACCAACAUUCGCAAAUUGACGAUCAAACCGAAUCAGCCAAUUUACAAGUACGCUGUGCAAGUGAACUACGUCUUCCGGAAACCUGAUGGAACUGAGGCGACAAUCGAAAUGUCCAAAUCAGCCAAAAAGGGAACGGAGCACGACAACGACAAAACACGCUGCCAGAACGUUUACAAUGAGGCGAUCAAGCGUUACGAUGAGCUGAAAACCGGAGGACCGUUUUUCUACGAUCGUCAAGCCUCUUUGUACACUCUGACCAAAUUGAAGAAUGAGAGCAUCUCUUUCGUUGUUACUGACAAGAUUUGCAAGCGACAAAACUUCAAAGAGGCACAGUUUGUUCUCAAAAAGGUGGAUCAAUCGUUCCAGUCAACAUCGAAUGACGUCAUCAAGACAACCAACUCGUGCCCAGCCAAUGCCGACAAAACUUUGCUUGAGGCAAUGAACAUCAUUGUCUCGGGACCAGCGUUCGAAAACAAAAAUGUUAUCACCGUUGGAGCAUGCGUUCAUUACCUCAUCGACCCAACUGGAGUCGACGUCGCGUACAAGGAAUACCCUGAAGGACAACUCUACUCAGGAGUUGGUGUUUCAAAGUCGGUGAAGACAUUGGAAGGAACGGACAAGAAAGUUCCAUCACUCUUCAUGACAACUGAAAUGAAGACAACAUUGUUCCAUCCGGAUUAUGCCCCACUUGUGGAACUUUUGCAAACGUUCAGAGGUUUCAGCACAACUCUCAAAGCGAAUUCUCCAGCCGCGCAGAGAAUUGAGAAAGCCUUUGUUGGACUGGAUGUUGUCUUGAAUUACGGUGUGCACAAGGGUCUCGGAGAGGAUGGUGUCGUUAUGAAGAUCCGUCGAUUCCACACGUCAGCUAAGGAGACAUGUUUUGAAGUUGAGAAGUCAACUCGUGAAUUCACGAACGUCUUUGACUACUUCAAAAAGAAGUAUGGAAUCACUUUGAAGUAUCCCGAUUUAUUCACCAUUGAAGCGAAAGGGAAACAAGGAAAAAUUCAUUUCCCUGCGGAAGUUCUCCUUCUCUGUCCGAACCAGACGGUCACGAAUGAUCAAAUGAUCAACAAUGAGCAGGCGGACAUGAUUAAGAUGUCAGCCGCACAACCACAUAUCAGAAAGACGACAACUGAUACUAUCGUGAGAAACGUCGGAUUGGCUUCCAACAAUAUCUAUGGCUUCAUCAAAGUUGAAGACCCAGUCAACCUUGAAGGAAUGGUUCUUCCAAAACCUAAGAUUGCGUUUGCCGGUAACCGACUCGCUGAUUUGGCAAAUCCGAAGUCUAGAUUCCCCACCGACUUCAAUCGUGCUGGACAAUAUUACGAUGCCAAGGAAUUGACGAAAUGGGAACUGGUCUUUGUUCAAAACGAAGAAGUCCAAGGACUUGCUAAGCAGCUCGCCGAUGAAAUGGUGAAUAAUGGUAUGAAAUGCAGCAACCCAACGAUGAGUUUCAUCAUUAGAGGUGAUUUGGAACCAAUCUUCAAGAAAGCGAAGGCUGCUGGAACGCAACUUCUCUUCUUCGUUGUCAAAUCUCGUUACAACUAUCAUCAGCAAAUCAAGGCGUUGGAGCAAAAGUAUGACGUGCUCACUCAGGAGAUUCGCGCUGAAACCGCCGAGAAAGUCUUCCGUCAACCACAAACUCGUCUUAACAUUAUCAAUAAGACGAACAUGAAACUCGGAGGACUGAACUAUGCUAUUGGGAGUGAAGCGUUCAACAAGCCAAAUAGAUUGAUCGUUGGAUUUGUUACUUCUCAACGAGUUGGUGGAAAUCCAGAUUAUCCAAUAUCAGUUGGAUUUGCUGCAAAUAUGCUCAAGCAUCAUCAAAAGUUUGCUGGUGGAUACGUGUAUGUUCAUCGCGAUAGGGAUGUUUUCGGAUCCAUCAUCAAGGAUACUCUCUUGACAAUCUUCAAAACAUGCACUGAGCAGCGCGGAAGACCAGAUGAUAUCCUUUUGUAUUUCAAUGGAGUUUCCGAAGGUCAAUUCUCAAUGAUCAACGAGGAAUUCAGUGCCCGAGUGAAGGAGGCGUGCAUGGCAUUCCAAAAGGAGGGAACCCCGCCAUUCAGACCACACAUCACCAUCAUCGCCUCAUCAAAGGCUCACAACGAGCGUCUGUACAAAUCCGACAAGGGACGUAUUGUUAAUUUGGAGCCGGGUACGGUCGUGGACCAUACCAUUGUGAGCAAUGUCUACACUGAGUGGUAUCAUGCCUCAGCUGUUGCUCGCCAAGGAACUGCAAAGGCUACCAAGUUCACUCUCAUCUUCACCACUAAAGCAGGCCCACAAGCUGAGCCAUUGUGGCAUCUCGAGCAAUUGACCAAUGAUCUUUGCUACGAUCAUCAGAUUGUCUUCCAUCCGGUCGGACUUCCCGUCCCACUGUACAUUGCUGAUCGUUACAGUCAACGUGGAGCAAUGGUUCUUGCCGCCAAUCAAGGUCCAAUCUACAAUGAAGGACAAAUCGAUCUCGCGGCUACCAACAGUGCAUAUGGCUACGGAGAGAAGAAGCUCUUCACCACUCGUUUCAAUGCAUAAUUAUCUGUACUCCUCCGUUUCUUUUACUUGGCUGUAUAAUGUUUUAUUUCCGUCAACCCAGAAUACUUUCGCUAUGAUUGUAUAUUUUUUAGCAUUUGGUCAUUGUAAUUUGUAAUUAUUGUCGGAAUGGAUAAAAUGAUUUAAGAAUCAAAUGCAUCGCUUCUUGGACAAUUCCUGUU